UCGUCGAAUCCAUUAUCCUCCCCAAUUCCUGAACUUAUUUUCGCGCAUUUGCGCUCUGAGAUCGAGAUUGAAGUUGGAAUAUCAAAUAUCCCUUUUUUAUAUAUACAUUUGCCGCCUCGUCUUUUCAGACAAAAGGAGAGGCUACAGUGAGCCUCGUUAUCCACGGGGAGUCCUCAUCCUUUUAGUUUCCAUUGCUUCGCCCCUUUCUAUUCAGUUGUUCACCUUAUUUGGCUUGAAGGAUCACCUUUGCAAUCUUAGUUCUUUGGGGGUGGGAGUAAGCAAUCAUGCCGCCUAAGCCAUUGGAUUAUGAAUCUCUGAACGAGAAUGUGAAGAAGGUGGCGUAUGCGGUCAGGGGCGAGCUUUAUCUGCGGGCUUCCGAGCUGCAGAAGGAAGGGAAAAAGAUAAUUUUCACAAAUGUUGGCAAUCCUCAUGCUUUAGGGCAGAAACCAUUGACAUUUCCUCGCCAGGUGGUAGCACUCUGUCAAGCUCCAUUUCUUCUUGAAGAUCCAAAUGUGGCACUACUAUUUCCAGCUGAUGCCAUUGCAAGAGCCAAACAUUACCUUUCAAUGACUUCCGGCGGCCUUGGUGCAUAUAGUGAUUCUCGAGGUCUUCCUGGUAUAAGGAAUGAAAUUGCUGAGUUCAUUAAGAGACGUGAUGGAUACCCUAGCGAUCCAGAACUUAUAUUUCUCACAGAUGGUGCCAGCAAAGGUGUUAUGCAGAUGCUAAAUUCUAUUAUCAGAAAUGAUAGAGAUGGGAUUUUGGUGCCAGUUCCACAAUACCCUCUUUAUUCAGCUACAAUAUCCUUAUAUGGUGGCUCCCUUGUGCCAUAUUAUUUAGAGGAAGAAGAAAACUGGGGUCUUGACUUGGACAAUGUUAAAAAGUCAGUAGCAACGGCACGCGCUAAUGGGAUAACUAUUCGAGCUAUGGUGAUCAUAAACCCAGGAAACCCUACUGGACAAUGUCUCAGUGAAGCCAAUUUAAAGGAAAUAUUGUUGUUUUGCUAUCGAGAAAACUUAGUCCUGCUUGCAGAUGAAGUUUAUCAACAAAAUAUAUAUCAGGACGAGCGGCCUUUCAUAAGUGCUAGAAAGAUAUUGUUGGAUAUGGGCCCUCCUAUCAGCAAGGAGGUGCAACUUGUUUCCUUCCACACUGUUUCAAAAGGAUACUGGGGCGAAUGCGGACAGCGUGGAGGAUACUUUGAGAUGACUAAUCUUUCUCCGCAGACCGUUGAUGAAAUUUAUAAAGUUGCUUCAGUUUCACUGAGCCCCAAUGUCCCUGGUCAGAUUUUUCUAGGGUUGAUGGUGAAUCCUCCAAAGCCAGGUGAUAUCUCCUACUUGAAAUACUCUGCAGAGAGCAAAGCAGUCCUAGAUUCCCUUAGGAGAAGAGCUCAUAUAAUGACUGAUGGAUUUAAUAGCUGCAAAAAUGUAGUUUGUAAUUUUACAGAAGGUGCUAUGUAUUCAUUUCCACAAAUUCGCUUACCACCAAAGGCAAUUGAAGCUGCAAAAAAGGCUGGAAAGGCUCCUGAUGUUUUCUAUUGCCUUAAGCUCUUGGAAGCUACUGGUAUUUCUACAGUUCCAGGCUCAGGAUUUGGCCAGAAGGAUGGCGUUUUUCAUCUAAGGACAACCAUACUACCAGCUGAGCAAGAUAUGCCUGCUAUAAUGGCCAGCUUCAAAAAAUUCAAUGACGAGUUCAUGGAGCAAUAUGAGAAUUACAGAGGAUUUUCCAGGAUAUGACUCCUGUAAGUAAAGAAACUUCAAUGUUUGAUGCAUAUUUGUGUGGGAAAUGAGAAAGAAAUAGCCAUUAUACUUUAAUUCAUGUAAUUUCUGAAAGGAAUUUCCAAUGUCCAUAUCAUUACUGUAAUUCUGCAGCAGUGAAGGGAACCUAAACCCUGCAUGUUUGGUCUUUCCAUGUUAUUUGGAAAGUCUGAUACUCAAAAGUAUGUGAUUGCCUUUCUCUGGCAUAUUUAAGUAUAGUUUUUUUAGAUAUGAAAUAGUUAUUACUUGCA